UUCUUUUCACUCAACCCUAGCCGCCGUACACCCUCCAGUCUCUCAUCUGCCCACUUUCCUCCUCUCUAACGUGCCCCACUGCUGUCUAUUUUUUUAUCCGCUCUCCCUCUUCCCUUCACCAUUCCUCUCCAACAGACAUGGCUGGGACAAGAGGAGCACAUCGUGGUGGCUCAAGUUCUUCACAUGCUGAGGCUUCUGAGCAAGAGCCUAGGCAGAGACCUACUGCAUCUGUUCGUAGAAGAGGUAAGGGUCGUCAUAGAGAGAGUGGUCCAUCAUCUCAUGGGGAAGCUGGUUCAUCAACUGGUCAUGGAGAAGCUGGUCCAUCAUUACCAACUCCUACAGAUAUUCAUGAGGAGCAAGAAAAUAUAAUUCACCAUGAGAAGGUUGUUGCUAGGCAGGACCACGAUGUUUUAGGAGGAUUUCCUGGAGGACCCGAGGAUACAUCUUUGUUGACCGAAUUUGCUGAUCAUGUUGCAUGUGCUAUUUGGGAUGACCAGGACCGAGUGGACAUGAAGUUAGUGUCCCAUGGCAAGAAUACGAUAUUAAAUGCAUUCAACAAUUUAACAGAAUUAGGAUGUGUCCAAAACAGAUCACUAACCACUUCAGAUUCUUCUUGACAUCUACUCUAAUGGAUGUAAUUAUCACGAUCUAACAACAUCAUCAAGUGUUGUAAUUCAGUUCUUGAACCUCUCAACGAUCGUUUAUAAGUGUAUCUUGCAUUAUAAAUUUGCUUUAUCGUUGUGACAUUACACUCACUAUUUUCUUUGAGAGUGAGUAGAAUAUUUGCUGGCUUGACUUGACUCUUGGACAUGUCAACAAGCAAGGAUUGUUCAGAAGAUUUUAACCUCCCAGCAAAUGGGUGACCAACUAGUGUAUGAGACACAUCAUGGUUAUGAUAUCCACACAUUACCUUCAACAUCC